CUGGGGGGCCUUUCUCUCAGAACAUGAGUUUACGUGGGGAGUUAUCCUCCUGCCAUUCGCCUAUACCACAAGGAACGAAUUCCGUCCUUACGAUAUUGACGACAACCCGAAGCUGGUUUCACCAGUACUAAUCUAUACAUCCUGGCCAUAUUGACAGCCGUUGCCUUUAUCCACCAGAUAUACAAACUGCCCAGAUAAGAUGCGUCCACGGUCACUCAAUUCGUCAAUGCGGCGUCGCCGGCGACGGCUUGGGGUUUGGAGGGAUGACUCCGAUGACGAGCUCGGCACUCUGGAUGUUCCUUGGGAAUGGAUAUAUGACACGAAGGACGCACCGAGUUCAAGAGGCAAUAAGAUCAUUGGCGCUCAGUUCGGCAGGUUCCGCUGCUUCAUUGGCGACUGUGUUCUAUUAAAGGCAGAGGGCUCUCACGAAGCUUGGGUCGCUAUUAUUUGCCAGUUUCUUGAAGAUGACGAUGGCCAGAAGGCCGCAGAAUUCAUGUGGUUUUCAACCGAACCAGAAAUUCGCAACAAGUAUAGAAAACGAACCGAUUCCCUGCUGAAUGAACUCUACAUCACACCCUCGUGGGAUGUCAAUCCACUUGCGGCAAUCAACGGCAAGGCCACUGUCAUGUCUCCAGAAGUCUUCGCGGAAAGUUACCCUACCGGGAAAGCGCCGCGCUUCUCCAAGGUUUUCGUCUGUCGUCGCGGAUGCAACACGAGGACGGCUACGUAUACGGACGAGUUUGUUUGGGAGGAACUGUAUAAGGGGUCAGAGGAUGAUCUUUCUCGGUUAAUUGACUUUGUGAAGUCUAAUACGAAGUCAACCCGGACACGCCCCUCAUCGAGGAAACUUUCUCCUGAUGCCGAGUCUGCGUUUGAAGAGGACGGGUCUAACAUUGAAAGCUCAACGCCGAGAAACUCAAGCACAAGAAUAUCAACACCGAAAUCUAAAUCUCGGACGAUCACCACGCCAUCUUCGCGCAAGCGUAUCCUUGUCAAAAACCCUCUUGCGUUCACUCCCUUGGCUACCCGGAGACUGACACAGAACGAGUUCUCACCGUUCCAGCUGGCUUGCUCUCGCCUCCAUGUUGCGGCCGUGCCUUCAAGCCUACCUUGUCGUGAGCAGGAAUUCUCGUCCGUUUACUCUCACCUCGAGGCUGCAAUUGCAGAGGGUACAGGCAGCUGCAUCUACAUAGCCGGAACUCCUGGAACGGGCAAGACGGCUACUGUUCGAGAGGCAAUCGCGCAGCUCGAACGGUGCGUUUUGUCUGACGAGUUGGAUGAUUUCAUAUUUGUCGAGAUUAACGGCAUGAAAAUAGCAGAACCCCAACAGGCGUAUAGUCUCCUGUGGGAAGCUCUCAAAGCCGAGCGCGUCAGCCCUGUUCAGGCACUGGAUCUCCUCGAGCGAGAGUUCAGCCACCCAACUCCACGACGUAUACCAUGCGUGGUAUUGAUGGAUGAACUGGACCAACUUGUAACGAGGAACCAGAGUGUCAUGUACAACUUCUUCAAUUGGCCAGCUCUCCCACACAGCAGACUCAUCGUGCUUGCUGUUGCUAAUACUAUGGAUCUUCCGGAAAGGACAUUGAGUAAUAAGAUCAGUAGUCGCCUAGGCCUUACAAGAAUAACGUUUCCGGGAUACACCCACGAGCAAUUGAUGAAGAUCAUAGAAUCAAGGCUAGACGGCAUUCCGGGCAAUGUCGUGGAGCCUGACGCCACACAGUUCGCCAGCCGAAAGGUCGCCGCCGUCAGCGGUGAUGCCAGAAGGGCGCUCGAUAUUUGUAGGAGAGCCGUCGAACUCGCCGAGGCGCGCUUCGAAGCCGAAAUGUCCACACCCAGCCACAAAAGACGUCAGCUGGACAGCCAGGAAAUUCGAAGCCGCGAAAACGGAUACAAUCGAGUGACCAUCGCAACCAUUAAACGCGCGAUCUUUGAGGCCACAUCCAACCCCAUCCAGCAGUACCUGCGGACUCUACCGCUGAGCCACAGAGUGCUACUUGCGGCGCUUCUCCUCAAGAUGCAAAGGAAUGGGACGGGAGAAGCAACCUUUGCGGAUGUAGUAAGUGGAGCAGAGCGAAUGAUCAAGCCGGGGCUUGGACCUCCGGGCAUCACCAUACACGACUCCAUGAAAGGCCCCACGCCGCUUCUUAUCCAUAACCGCCCCAGCGCCGAUCUCGCAGUAGCGGAGGACAUGGGCCUCCAGUCUUGUGCUAUUGACUUGGCCAGCGCUGGAAUCAUAGUCCUAGAGGCGCAAGUGGCCGAAAGACCAGGGAAGGUGCGGCUGGCAGUAGGAGAAGAGGAUAUUAGGAUGGCCUUCCGAGACGACGCAGAUAUGAAUGCGUUGGGCAUUGUAAUCUAGAAUUCCAUACCAACAGCCUCCAGUGGACCGAACCUCCUUUGUCCAGCCCAAAAGUCGGAAAGAGCGGAUUUUCGUCCGCCGCUUGAGGUCCGACAACCCACCUUCCUGUGCCGUAAUGACAACAUGGACCGUCCAUUUCAAAAUCUUCGUCUUGUUAGAGAGGGUUGCCAUGUCAAAGGAUGCGUCUCUGGUGUAGCUUGUUCGUCUGGUUUCCAGAUUUUUAUUGUCUUAUCCGCCUCGCCACAAAUCAACCGCAGUCCGGAACGGUCGAAGGUC